AUGGCGCCCACGCCGCCGACCAGCACGUGGCCUCACCGCCCCCCCACAUUCCUCCGGCCGCUGGCACUCGUGCUGCUCGCCAUCGUCAGCCCCGCCUCGUCGCAGCUCCUCCAGCCGCCGCCGGGCGCCACCGUCUCAAGUGCAUUCUCACCACCGUCACCCCCCGUGGACGGCGGCGGCGGCGGAGGGGUUAGGUUUACCCUCACCACCUCGCUCCUCUUCGUCGGUCUGAUCGCCGCGCUCUUCGUGCUCGGCUUCUUCUCGGCCUUCCUCCGCCGCUGCUCCGGAGCCGACACGCACCAUGGAAGGCGCGGUGCCCUGACCGCCAACGCCGCCGUCGCGGCCGCCGCGUUCGCUUCCGCGGCGGCGGCCAACGGCGGCGGGAGGAGGCGCGCCGCGGGGGCCGGGCUGGACGCCGCGGCGAUGGAGGCGCUGCCGGUGCUCACGUACGCGACGGCGCGGGCGGUGAAGGCGGGGCGCGGCGCGCUCGAGUGCGCCGUCUGCCUGUCCGCGUUCGACGACGCCGGCGAGAAGCUCCGGCUGCUCCCCGGGUGCUGCCACGUGUUCCACGCCGUGUGCAUCGACGCGUGGCUGGCGGCGCACGUCACCUGCCCCGUCUGCCGCGCCGACCUCUCCGACCCGGCCGUCGCGGACGCCGGCCACGUCCUGGCCGCUGACCUCGCUGCCCAGGCGGGCGCCGCGCCCACCGCCGACACGGUUGUCAUUGUCAACGUGGACGGGUCAACUCCAGCUGCAGGAGCAGGAGCAGGAGCUGGGGCAGGACAGGACACCACGUCGUGGGACGACGAGCAGGCGGAGACGGCCGAGGAUCGGGUGGACCGGUUCACGCUGCGGCUGCCGGAGCGGCUCAGGCGGGAGAUCGACGAGGCCAAGCGCCUCCGCAGGGCACUGAGCGCGGUGACCGCGUCGUCGACCGCGCUACCGAGCGGCGGGCCGUUGGCGUCGUCGUCGGCAGUGCUGCGCACAAUGUCGGCGGCGCGCCCGAGCUGGCGAUGGUCGGGGUUGUUCCGUGCGUUGUCGGGAUCUCGACGCAUGAUGAGUGAGCCGGACGGCGGCCAUCGGAGGGUGGUGCCGUUGCCUACCGGUACCGGCGACGGAGGGGUGGAGGUGGUGGUGGUGCGGGACGACGUGGACAAGUACUACGCGCACAGCCUCACGUUCGCUGGGUUCGUCAUCGACGGCGACGUGGCGGCUGGCGACUGGAACCCGGAGGUCUUCCAGGUCAAGACCGACGUUACGGCCGCCGUGGCAUCGUCGCAUCGGUGA